AUGUCGCCCACCGCUGUUGAUACCACCUUGGUCGUGCCCGUGCCGACAAAGGGCAAGGUCGCCGCACCUCUGCAAGUCACUGGGGCUCUAAAGAGCCUCGAGUCAUUCGAGCUUAGCCCGAACAUUGGCCGCGAGUUUCCCAAGGCGGACCUCGCAGAGCUUCUCAGGGCCCCCAACUCGGACGAACUGAUUCGCGACCUCGCGGUGACCAUCUCUGAGCGCGGCGUUGUAAUCUUUCGCGCGCAAGACAACUUGACCAAUGAUUUGCAAAAAGAGCUCAUCGAGCGGCUCGGUCGGCUCACCGGCCGCCCGGCCGAGUCGGGCUUGCACAUCCACCCGGUCCUCAACCCGGCCCGGGAGCUCGGCGGCGACGACCCCGAGAUUAGCACCAUCAGCUCGGUGCAGAGGAACAAAAUCUACAACAGACCCGGUGUUGACGGAUUGAGCAGCAAGAGGCAGACCACGGCGGAAUGGCACAGCGACAUUGCCUUUGAGCCGUUCCCUGCCGACUAUUCUUCAUUGCGCCUUUCGCAGCUUCCGAAAACCGGCGGUGAUACCCUUUUUGCAUCCGGGUAUGAAAUCUAUGACAAGAUCAGCGAGCCGUAUCAAAAGUUCCUCGAGAGCCUGAGUGUCACUUUUGAGCAGCCCGGCUUCGGACAGGCUGCGGCCAGGGGUGGGUUCGAGCUCUACGACAAGCCGCGCGGCAAUGCUGCCAAUGUCGGCACCGAGCUCAAGGCCAUUCAUCCCGUUGUGCGCACGAACCCCGUCACCGGGUGGAAGAGUAUUUUCCCAGUCGGCUCCCAUGUCAAGCAUAUCAAUGGUGUCACCCAAGAGGAGAGCACUGAGCUUUUGACUCGGUUCCUUGACAUUGUGUACAAGAAUCCCGAAUUGCAGGUCCGCCUGCAGUGGCAAAAUCCCAACGAUAUCGCAAGCAUAGCUAUUUGGGAUAACCGCAGUGCGUUCCACAGCGCCACCUUUGACUAUGAGGACCAGGGCGAUCGAUUUGGUAUUCGUGUCGUUGGUGUUGGCGAGCGCCCGUUCUUCGACCCCCAGAGUUCAUCGCGACAGGAAGCGCUUGCGGUACGCAACAAGCAGACUAAUGUCGGAACCGUUUCUUGA